CGAAAAAGCGGAUCAGAUAUCGGGAACGGCCGCGGCGGAUUGUGCGAUCGAGACCGAGCGGAUGCAACGCUGGGCGGCAUUAUCAGAUGAAAACCCAAGAUGGGACGACCGGGCGUCAUACGUGCGCGCCCCUAGAGCCUCCGCCAGUGCCGGUCGUCCCAUCGAUCUAGACAAAGCCCUCGUCUGGCGCGAGGGCCCUACGGAGGGGCAGAUCGCGGCUUGUUUUGGGGCCUAAUCCCCGGCCUGGUGGUGAAAGAUUAAGCACUUGCCGCUCCCGCCGUCUUCCCUUCCCUGCAGUCCGCGUGGUCUUGAUCUUUUUUUUCUUCCUUUCCUUCGUUCCUAUACCACAGCAUCAGAAACCAUGGCUCAAGCGACCAGCGCCGUCCAGCGUCUUCAGCAGACGCUCCAAUUCUUCGAGCCGCAGCAGCGUCCCUCGGGCCUGACCCAGUCAGUCGUUCACGGCUCCAUUGACCCUCCUCUGCUGUCUUUCACCCUCGGCGAGCUGCUCGAUUUCCAAUGCCAGAAGUAUGGCUCGCAAGAAUGCCUGGUCUUCUCCGCGACUGGCACGCGGUGGACCUACCACCAAUUGAAGGAGCAGAGUGUCCUGCUGGCUCGGGGCCUGCUCUCCCUGGGCAUCAAGCCAGGUGACCGCGUGGGCAUCAUGGCCGGCAACUGCGAGGAAUAUGCCACUAUAUUCUUUGCCUGCGCCAGGAUUGGUGCCAUCCUCGUUGUCCUGAACAACACCUACACCGCCACCGAGGCGUCUUUCGCUUUGGACCACACGGAGUGCAAGCUCCUCUUCAUCCAGCAGAGGAUUGGCCGGUCCGACAACUCUGAACUAAUCCAGAAGAUCAAGUCCGCGGAGCCGCAGAGCGGCAGCCUCUCGAGCGUUGAGCACGUCGUCGCCCUGCGGGAGGACAUUCCCGACUUCACGAGCUACGCCAGCCUGAUCAACCUGGGCGCCGCCAUCUCGCCCUACUACUUGUAUCGCGUCAGCACGACGCUGUCCACGCACGAUGUCUGCAACCUGCAGUUCACCAGCGGCUCGACCGGCAACCCCAAGGCCGCCAUGCUCACUCACCACAACCUCGUCAACAACUCCCGCUUCAUCGGCGACCGCAUGGCCCUCGGCCCCGAGGACGUGCUGUGCUGCCCGCCCCCGCUUUUCCACUGUUUCGGGCUCGUUUUGGGUUUGAUGGCCUGCGUCACGCAUGGCAGCAAGAUUGUCUUCCCCAACGAGGUGUUCGACGCCGCGGCGACGCUGCGCGCCAUCUCGGACGAGCAGUGCACCGCGCUGCAUGGCGUGCCGGCCAUGUUCGACGCCAUCCUUACCCUGCCCCGGCCCGCGGGCUUCGACUGCACGCGCCUGCGCACUGGUAUCAUUGCCGGCGCGCCAGUGCCGCGCCAUCUCAUGGAGGGCAUUCUCGUCGAGUUGGGCAUGACGGAGUACACUAGCAGCUACGGCCUGACGGAAGCCUCGCCCACCUGCUUCAACGCACACACCUACGACACGGUCGACCGGCGCCUCACGACGGUGGGGACGAUCCUCCCGCACGCACACGCCAAGGUCGUCGACCGCGAAGGCAACGUCGUGCCCGUGGGUGUGCGCGGCGAGCUCUGCAUGGCGGGAUACCAGCUGCAACGGGGAUACUGGCACAACCGGGCCAAGACGGAGGAGUGCAUGGUGCGGGACUCGCAGGGGAUCGUGUGGCUGCACACGGGCGACGAGGCCGUGAUUGACGAGCAGGGCUACUGCAGCAUCACGGGGCGGUUCAAGGACAUUAUCAUAAGAGGCGGCGAGAACAUCUACCCCCUCGAAAUCGAGUCGCGGCUGCACGCGCACGCAUCGAUAACCAACGCAGUGGUAGUCGGGAUCCCACACGCCAAGUACGGCGAAGUCGUGGGCGCGUUCCUGGCCCACGCGCCCAACACGCCACGGCCGAGCGACGACGAGCUGCGCGCGUGGACGCGCCAGACCCUCGGCCGGCACAAGGCCCCCGCGCACGUCUUCUGGCUCGGCGAGGAGCCCGGCGUGCCUGCUACCGUGCCCAUGACGGGCAGCGGCAAGGUGCGCAAGUUCGAGCUGCGCGCUGCGGGCGAGGCGGUGGUGCGGGCGCGCGAGCAGCAUGUCGUGCAGGCGGGCGCGGUGCAGGAGAUGAGUGCGUAGAUGGGGCGACGGCGGCUUGUAUACCUUGAGAAAAGAGAGAGAGAGAAAGAGAGAGAGAGAGACGGACGGAGGAGAGGCGUUUUU